AUGGGAACACCGUUUGUCUCACUUCUCGAGCCGACCCGGCUAGACGCCUUCAUCCGCGGCGUGCCGCAUGAUGAGCAGUCGGCGGCGAUCCCCAAGGAGUUUUGCGACGCCAUGGAAGUGCGCGAGGCCGUCUUCGUCGAGGAGCAGAAGGUGCCCGCCGAGAACGAGUUCGACGCCGACGAUAGCCGCGCGUGCCACUGGGUCUCGUACGCCUCCGUCAACAAGGUCGUCGAGAAGGAGGUCCUCGACGCCGCCGGCAACAUCGUCAAGCCCCGCCGAAGCAGCACGCGCAGCACCCCCAUCGGCACCAUCCGCCUCGUGCCCUUCCCCCACGCCCCGCACCCCAAGAAUGGGGGCGUCUACUGGGACGGCAUGCUCAAGGAGGAUCCGGGCGCGGAGGUUGCGCCGGACACCAAGACCGCACCGGCGGCGGAGAAGAACACGACGAGCCUGAUUGAUGAGAUGCCGGCGGAGACUGCGGCGGAGCACGUUGGCGAGGAGAGGCGACUUUCGGCGACCAGGGUCUUUGUGCCGGACCACGCGACGACGCUGCACGACGGGAAGGAGCCCUACGUCAAGCUGGGCCGGCUGGCCGUGGUCCGGGAGUUUAGGGGCCACCGGAUUGCGAGGCUGUUGGUGACGACGGCCUUGGCGUGGUUGCGGGCGCACCCGGGCUACUUCAAUCCCAGCAUCAAGGAGAUGGGGCUAGAGCAGAUCGGGGCCGCGAGCGCCGAGGAGGUGCCCAAGUGGAAGGGUCUCGUGUGCGUGCACGCACAGACGGGCGUCGUGGGUGUGUGGGAGAAGUUGGGGUUCCAGGUGGACGAGGGCAUGGGGACCUGGUGGGAAGAGGGCAUUGAGCACAAGGGCAUGUUUUUGCGGCUGGAUGUCAAGGAAGAAACGCCUGUUUUCUGA